AUGAUGGAUGUGAUGGAUGGGUGUAGUGGUGGUCAGAGUAGUGAUGCCACGUGUAGUGACCGUCGCAUUCAUCUGGCGAUUGAACGUAUAAUUCAAAUCUCGAUUCCCUUUCAUCUGAAAUGCAUUCAAAAUCAUAAACAACUCAUUGAAAAGUAUCGACUGCACCAACACUUGGAUCUACUAUUGAAAGAACAGAUCAAUGGUCUGCAAAGUGUCCAAAGACUUAAAUCCGAGUUAAGAGAAUUGGAAACAUUGGGACAAUCACUGGCCGCAAGUGAUCAGCAAUUGGUUUGCCAACAGAUCAUUACUAUUAAGACCAAUGUCUGCUCAGUUGUCCAACAGUUCAUUGAAUCCAAUCACGAUUUAAGCAACCCUUUGAUUGGUGUCGAAGCGAGCGAUGAAUUUAAUUAUCCCGAAGACCAGAUGACAGACAAGACUUUACCAAAUGGUGACAUGGAUUCAAAUGUGCAAAUAAUGGCAGAUAUAAACGAUAAGAGAUAUUUGUUCAAAGGAUGGCAAACACUAAGCAAAGAGUUGAUUGAUUUAAAUGAUAUGUUUAAUACCAUUGUUAUGACACUUAAGGCAAGCCUCGGCUUUAAAGUCGACGUCAGUGGCUAUAACUGCAGGACUAUUGAGUGGUGCAGUGUUUGGUCCGAUCGGAAUGUUAGCCGGUUUUAA